UAAUGACGGAUUCAACCUUUUACCUCAGCAUUUUCCAAACAUUGAAAUGAUGUUGAUCAGAAUACAUUCAUAAAAAUAAAAAUUUAUAAAUUUUGAAAUGAUAGUAUGGACGGUUUUAGGUGUGUUGCAAUUAGUGAGUGGCGAAAGAUCAGUAGCUAUUGUUAAUGGAUUUUAUAAACCUAGGGAACCUAGAUUAGGAGAAUUUCCAUUCCAAGCAAGUUUAAUGCUUCGUAGAAAUAAAACAACCACCACUUUUUGCGGAGGAAGCUUAAUACAUAUCGAAUGGAUUCUAACUGCUGCUCAUUGUUUGGAAAAUGAUGGUCAGCCAUUACCUGUUAAUUCUGUGCAGGUGGCGUUAGGUAGUGUUUAUACGAAUGGUAAAAAUGCUCAAAAAAUUCCAGCACGAAGUUUUUAUAUAAACAAAAAAUAUUUUGAAACCGAUGGAGGCUAUGAUAUCGGAUUGGUGAAGCUGAAAUCGAAUGCAAAAUUAGGAAGAUAUAUCCAAUUAAUUAAACUACACACUAAUAACGGAGAAUCUUUAAUUGGUACAACUGCUUUCCUAACAGGUUUUGGUAUAAUUGAUGAUAAUUAUCAUCAACCAGAAACAUUGAGGAAAGCCAUCCUCCACAUUGAUUCCCCGAACAAAUGCUUCAUGAAUUCAGCAAAAUCCAAUGAAAUUUGUUGCACCUCUACUAUCUCCGAAGGAAAAGCGUGUAAAGGAGAUAGUGGAGGACCACUUACGAUAAUAAGAAACAGAAAAUAUCUUCAAGUUGGUAUCACCAGUCAUUUAUCGAUUUUACCCCUCUGCAAAAUAUCUUUCAACAAUUCCAUUUAUACAAGAGUGUCGGCUUACAUCAACUGGAUUUCCAAAGUUACUGGUAUUGAUUUCACAAAAUUCAAUCAGAAUUAGUGUAUAGAUAAUAAUAUUAGAAUUAUAAUUGGAAAAGGUUAAAUAUUGUAUAACUAUAUAUUACUGAUCUAAACAUUAAUUGCUUUAAACAUCUGAAACUAUCUUGUUAAGUUUUUACGAGGAAUAUAUAAUAAUAAAGUUUUAAGUUUUAA